AUGGCAGAGGAAUUGGAGCGGAUGUGCAAUAAGAUCUCUCUCACGGAGGGGGAAAAGGUUGGCAUUACGGUUUCUGAAGGUGAUGUUGAAGAGAUACGAGCAAAAGGCACCAACUGCUUGGUGGGAAAGUUGUGGAUCGAAAAAUUAGUUAACAAGGAGGCUUUUAAAUCAGUUAUAUCUCGGAUAUGGCGUACGGUGGGGCAAGUUAUUUUCAAAGAGUUGCAGGAUAAUUGUUGGUUGUUUGAAUUUGCUGGAAGAGAUGAUAAGAGGAGAGUUCUGGAGGGGAGACCUUGGUCUUUCGACCGUCAUGCUCUGGUGCUUAAUGAUUUUGACGGCAAAACUCCACCCUCACAGAUGCAGUUUCGGCAUUCACCAGUUUGGAUUCAGGUUCAUGAUAUGCCUCUGUUGUGCAUGAAUAGAGGGGUGGGGAUUAAAAUUGGUGCAUCUUUGGGUGAAAUUGAAGAUGUGGAUGUUGCAGGGGAUGGGGCUUGA